GGAGCCAUCAAAAGUCGACGUCUUGUAGCCAUCAGUUAUUGAAGAAAAUCGCGAGAGAAUUUUGGUCAGAUUUUAAUCAAAGGAUUUUGCCGUGAUUCCUGCACCCGCGAGAUCAAUACAAGUGUCGGAAAUAUACCAGGGAUACCGUUUAAUCGGUCUCUGAUGGUGUAGUCACCGAUCGGACCAGAUUUGGUCGUAUUUGGCGUGCACGAAAAUGAGUCGCGAUGAAGAGCAGUGGAAAGUUUUUCAAUGAAUUGUAAUGGCGUAAAAAAAGAGGCAGUCGGAUUUUUACGAGUUUAGAAGUUACCGAAUUGAAUUUUCUCCGGUUGUGAAAUUGUUCAAGGCAAAUAAAUUGGACCUCUAGUAGUUUUGUGAGAGUUGGGUGACGUUUCAAACAAAGAACAAUGGAAGAGGUGCAGGUUAUCGAUUGUCCUCCGACGCCUGGUUCUUCGGAAAUUUUGCUUUCAAACACUCCGCCGUCAAGUUCGCUGCUGGACAUGCUGGACAGUUCCUCGUCGGCGGAGGAAGUGGACAAUUGCACCGGAGAGGCGGACGAAGGCACAACGGAGAGUGGCCGCAGCUCACCUCCGCCCAAAUGUGCCAUCUGUCUGGGCAAGUGCCGUCAAAAGUGCUACACAGAUUCCUGUCGCCACCAGUUUUGCUACCGUUGUCUGCUCGAGUGGAGCAAGAUCAAAGCGGAAUGUCCACUGUGCAAGCAGGUGUUUCGGUCUAUUAUUUACGACCAGAAAACGGAGCACAUUAUCUUUCCACCUACCACACCCCCUGCUUCGGGAUCUGCUGCUACAGGAUCUGGCGGACCGCCACAGGUUUACCACAGGCUGGACUUUACCCUGUCCCAGCCGCCCCGUUUCACGUACAGUGCAACACUCCGGGUGCAACCCAACCUCCAGCAGCUUCAGCGUCUCCAGCAGUUGUUCCUGCACCAAUCUGGCGACGUGCAACGGUUCAGUCGGGAAUUCCCCGACGACACCAUUCCUUCCAGACAGAACGGACCCGAGUGGAGACGUUACAUUUACCACAGAAAACUGCACGCGAGGCCGCUGGCGGACGUCAACGGAAGGCUCCGAGAGUGUAGUGCUUCUUUCUACAGAGAAAACCCAGCUCAAAUUCAUCGCCUGAUGCCGUGGAUCAAUCGGGAGCUGAUUGCCCUGUGCCGUGGCAACCCGUCCCAGGUGACGCUCAUUUUGGAAGAUUUUCCCAACUUGCUAAUGAGCCACGAUAUCACGUCGCCGUCGUUCCGUGAGAGGGUGUCGUACUGGGGUCGCGCUCGGACCGUACAUUUUGUUCAUGAGUUACUGAAUUUUGCUCGCUCACCGUUUGACAUGAUUGGCUAUGAUCGAUGCGUUCAGUAUGAUCCCUAUUACAACAACAAUGUGGUUGUGCUUUCGUCAUCGUCCUCAUCUUCGUCCGGAUCGGGAUUGUCUGGGUCAGAAGGUGAAGAUGACGUGGUCCGAGUGGUGGAACCAAUUCCCGGUACAUCAGGAAUGGCAACUGCGCUCGGCGAAUCUGCAGGUAGAAGAGGAAGAACCCAGUUUACCAUCGAAACGCGUUCGUCUGACCAGACUGUGAUUAUGACCGGUUCCUUCGGCGGAGCUGGAGUUAGUGGGAUCGUAUCGGUUUCUACUUCCGGCACACAAACCGGUGGUCCCGUGGCAGGUGCUAGCAGCAGUGCCAGCUUUGCCGAUCUUACUCGUAUGCACCCACUCACCUCGCUAGCGUCGCAAACAAGUCGACUGGAAGAUGGAGCAAACAUUUCGCUUUCAUCGGAUGAUAGCGACGAUUGUCGGAUUGUUGGAGCGCUGAAACCUCCACACUUGCGCACUCCGGAAAUGGUGAGCCUGGAGUCGGAAAGCGACAGCGAUGUGGUAUUUGUUAACGAUGAUAACAAUACAACGGAAGAUUCCCGACCCGUUGAUAAUGCUGCCAUUUUGGAACAGUUUCUGAACGCUACAGCCGUAGCGGACGUUGCUUUGGAUCAAAAUGGCAUUCCCAAACUGGAAACGAGUGCUUCGGUGUCCGAGUACAACAACGGCGCUUCGACAUCGUCCGGAAGUGGUGGUGGCUGUAUGAAAAAGUACUAUGCCAAACCCAAGCUAAAUCGCUUCGUCAACGGAAUCGGCUUCAAAAGUAUCUACGAAGCAAGUGAGUCGGAGAAAAGCAAAGAAGUGAGCCUCCACAGCGAGUCCGACUCUUCUAGUCACGAUGAGGUAAAGUUCAACAUUCGUGGCCACCCAGCGAUAAACCAACGUAAACGAAAGACCACGAAACAACGUAGAUCACGGGCUUCAUCCACCGGCAGCAGCGAUGACUUAACUGACCAAAGCUCUACGUCUGACUCUGAGAGUAGCAAAAGCAGUAGUCUAAGCUCUUCGAUGAGCUCUAGUUCUGAUGAUGAUAGCGCCGAUGACGAUUUCCACGCUAUCAAACCACCGAAAAAGAUUCUCAAGAAAAAGUCGAACCGCUCGCAGCUGUCCAGUUCGCGCAAGUCUUCAAAACGUCGAAGCGGGAGCACGAAGAAACGAUCAAAGGUGAAAACCAGAAAGCAUUCUUCUACUAAACGAAAUAGAAAGCGGUCCAAAACGGCGAAAAGUUCGUCGGAAAGUGGCAAGGGCACUUCAGUUUCCGCCACGUCUGUUCCUUCGGUAGAAGCCGUGCCCAGUGGAAGUACCAGCAACACAUCACCCAAAGCAUCACCAAGCUGUUCGAAAAAGAGGAAGCUGCGGAGCGCCAUUGUAAGACCCAGCGGCGGCACCCCAUCCACGCGGCGCUCUUCGUUCAAGAAACGUCGCAAGGCUCCCAUCUGUUCGGAGUUGAUCACCAGCACGGACUCGAGCUGCGAUGAGCAAAAGCAAAUGCCGCCAGCCGCGCCAGGCCACGAACUGAUUCCGUCUUCUGCCUCAAUUUCCGAAAACAAUUCCUCAGACAGCGAGGGCCAAUGUACGAUCGCUUCUCUGAUACGGGCCGCCGUUCAGCAACAUGAGGACAAGCAAAACACGUCGUCAACCAGUUCCAGUCACUCGGCAUCGACGCCAAACACCUCAAGCCACGCGGACACUUCCAGCAGCAGUCCGUUGUGUUCAGCCGAGACCGGCCCGGCCCGAGAGGGCGAUGCGUUCCCGGAAGAGGACGUUUCCGUCUCGCAAGCCAUCGCCGUCGGCGCCGAGGUGGAACUUUGAGAUUUACUCCGGACCAUUGACUUUGCUGACUGGUGAUGGAUUCGUUUGCGUUUUCCGAUGGAAAUAUUCAAACUCUGUAAAUUUUGGUGAAGAUUUGCCGCAACACCGAUUACUUCCAGCAUCACCACGAAACAAUCAAUGAUAAGGGUUUGGCAGCGAAAACUACUUUAAAAAGUCAUUCAACGAACGCAAUUUUGAAUCAAUCUCAGCGCUUCAAGCCGUCAGUUGAGUUUUUUUUUAAAUCCGUUUAUUUUUUCUGUAUCGAUAAACAUAGCAUAAACAGAAGAAUUGCUGCUCAGCUAAGGCGACGCUGCAUAAAAUAUUGUAUAAAUUUGAAGUAGCUAAGAAUAUGUGAAAAGAUAACUAAUGGAAA